AUGUGGCCCGCACCGGAUGAUGCAUGCCAGACGCGCACGUCUGUGGAACAGCGCUGCACAGAAGAAGCGAUUUAUGAGCGUAUGAAGCCUUUUGUGGGCGAGAAUGCGCAGCCACUUCCGCCGUUGUAUGGCGACGAGCACAUUGCGUACCUCCGGCGCCUGCUGCAGCCGCUGCCGGCGCCAUACGUGACAUUUGACUCAAAUCGCGCCUGGAUGCUGUACUGGAUCGCCCACUCGCUCGAUCUCCUGCGUGCGCCAUUGCGCGGCGCACUCCAAGCGCGUGCGAUCUCGACACUCUUGCAUUUUCAAUCGCCGCACGGUGGAUUUGGCGGCGGGCCGGCACAGAUGGGCCAUCUUAUGAGCACCUAUGCGGCCGUAUGUGCGCUAGCGAUUCUAGGCGGCCCAGGCGGCGCGCCUACGGGCGACGAUGUGCUUUUGGGCGUGCAUGAAGAGCGCGGCGGCUGGGACGCGAUUGAUCGUGCGGCCAUGUAUGACUGGAUGAUGCGGCUCAAGCAGCCCGAUGGAUCGUUUCUCGUGCACGAGCAGGGCGAAAUCGACGUUCGUGCGACGUACUGCGUGGUGGCGAUCUCGAUGCUUCUAGGCAUCGCGACGGACGAGCUGCUGCACAACACAGGCGCCUUUGUGCGCAGCUGCCAGACGUACGAAGGCGGAUUCGCUGCGCAGAGUGCGCCGUCGUAUACUCUGCAGGAGCACGGCAUUGUCCCCGCCGCACCGGUGGCGUCGCAAGCCGCGCAGGGCGAGGCGCAUGGCGGCUACUCGUACUGUGCCCUGGCCACGCAUGCCUUUCUGAGCUUUGUUGGACGCGCCGAUGCGGGUGUAGACAUACCCAUGCUCGUGCGGUGGGCCACGUCGUUGCAAGGUUCUCUGCCGUACGAGGGCGGCGGCAUGCGGGGGCGCACGAACAAAUUGGUCGACGGAUGCUAUGGCUGGUUCUGUGGUGGUGGGCUCAUGACGCUCCUCGAGAUGCUCACGGACGACGAGCCCACCGAUGCCGCGACGAGCGACUCGUGGUCGACUGUGUCGGAUGUGCGUUCGUCGUUCUGGGACCGCUCCGCGCUGCGCACCUACAUCUUGGCGGUAGCCCAAAUACCACGUGGCGGUCUGUGCGACAAGCCUGGCAAGCGGCCGGAUGCGUACCACACCUGCUACAAUCUAUCGGGGCUCUCGCUGUGUGAGCAUCGCGUGCAUCGGAGCGCAGCCGCCGCUGUGCGUGCGGAAGAAGCCUACGAUAGGCACAUGCAUCGGGACGCCUUGCACCGGGCGUGCUAUGUGCAGUGCAUGGCAUGGGCGGCGGACGACGACGGGGCAGCCACGUACGUGGAGGCGACGCAUCCCCUUGUGAAUGUGAGCUUGCUUCAUGUAGCACGCAUCGCGGCGCAUAUGUACGCAGUUAGAGUUCGUCGUGGAACUGAUUGA